AUGCCCGAAAUACAGAUUGGUGAUUAUGUAAUCACAAGAGAUGAUGGGAAAAAGGGUCGUGAGGCUCGGGUAGUAGGGCGUGCGCCACAACCACGCUCGUAUUUUGUGAUUGAUAAAACUGGUAGACGUCUUAGGAGAAAUCGCAAGCACCUGGUUAAGCUUCAAAAUGAUCUUUCUCCGGCAACAUUUCAUUCAGAAAUGAUGAUCCCGGACGAUGAGGUCAUGGUAAGGGACUGUGACAGUUCAGGUAGUGCUGAAUUAGCUACACAUUGUUCUUCCCAACUACAAGUCGGUGAUUCUGAUAACUGUUCACCGUUGAGCUUUAGUAAAAAUAACGACGCGCGACAAACCAGGAUAGCUGCAAAUAAAGCUAGGGAUAGAAUUAAAAGAUGUUUC